GCUUUCUUCUGUACAACAACAAGAAAAGCGGCAGCAGCUAAAUGACUAACUUCAACUUUAGCUGGUUGUUAACCGCGCUCCUUGCGCUCCUGUGGAUGCCAGAUGUUGCCAACGCCCGCAUUGGCUACUUCUGGCACAUCAGCGACUUGCAUCUGGACACAUUUUACUCCACCCAGGGCGAUAUUUACAAAAGCUGCUGGCAACUGUCGCGUCCCGGCGCCUCGAAUGCACCCCAGCAAAUGGAGACGCCGGGUCCCUUUGGCAACUACAACUGCGACAGUCCCUGGAGCCUCGUGGAGUCCGCCGUAAAGACCAUGAAGGCCAAACAGGGCGACAAUGUGGAGUUUGUUCUCUGGACUGGCGAUGCUCUUUCCCACUCCGCACAGCCAUUAUCCGAGCAAAAGCAGCACGAGAUUCUGCGCAACAUCACCGAACUGUUGGGACGCAGCUUCUCUGCUCCCUUCAUCUUCCCGGUGUUGGGUCACGAGGAUGGCGGCAACAGUGGACUGCAAAAGUACAAGCAAAUGGGCGAAUUGUGGCGUCACUGGCUGCCCACCGAGGCACUCAACACCUUCGAACAGGGCGGCUACUACUCCAUCGAGCAGACCAAGAGUCGCCUCCGCAUCGUUGCCCUCAACACGAACUUCAUGCGUCACGAUCACGAGCCAGAGCCAAAGAUGUCCCACAGUCUCCGCUGGCCAGCUGAGUAUUAUGGCGAACCCAAGACUUCCAGCAGCACGAUGUCUGCACAGGAUCAACAGCAGGCGGAGCAGCAGUGGCUCUGGCUGGAGGAGGUGCUCAGCAAGUCGAGGGAGAAACAGGAAACGGUGUACAUUGUGGGUCACAUGCCGCCGGGCGUGGAUGAGCGUCAGCUGGGACCACAGCACAGUGGGCAGCUGAUUUUCACGGAGCGCAACAACAAGCGAUAUUUGGACACUGUGCGCAAAUAUGCCUCGGUUAUACAGGGACAAUUCUUUGGGCAUCUGCAUUCGGACACGUUUCGGUUGAUCUACGAUGAGCAAGGCACGCCCAUUUCCUGGCUGAUGAUAGCGCCCUCGGUGGUGCCCAGAAAGGAGGGCAUUGGUGGCUCCAACAAUCCGGCAUUGCGUCUCUACAAGUUCGACACGGGCAGUGGUCAGGUAUUGGACUACACUCAAUACUGGCUGGAUCUGCCGCUGGCCAAUCGAGCUCAUGAGCCACUCUGGCAGCCGGAAUACAAUCUGACGCAUUAUUAUGCGCUUAGCGAGAUUUCCGCCAUUGCAAUGCACAACUUUGCCGAGCGUUUUACGGGCAGAGAUGCCUCCUGGUUCACCAGAUAUCAACGUGCCAAUUCGGUGAGGUUUCAGUCGAACUCCGCUUGUCAAGGUCUCUGCAUGCUCAAUCAUUAUUGCGCCAUCACGCGCCUGGACUACGACGAGUUCCGUCUGUGUCUGGAGUCGGAGCAGUUGCCGUUGCAGGGGCAUGCCACCAAGGCGGUGUUGAGCAGCUGCUGUGCCCUUGCCUCGCUGCUUGUGGCGCUCAGUUUCCUCUGCUGUUGGCAUCACACUCUGCCCUGGUUGCUCCAGUUGCUCGAAUGGCCAGCAAUGGUCACCCACCCAGCGAAUUUAUAAGGUGUUCCCGGCUACAUUCCGGGAUUCAACCCCAACUCAAGCUCCAUGCAGGCGCACUCUUCCUAUAAGCUAGCUAAA